AUGUUGGAGGCUGUCUCGACCCCAGUCAAUGCCUCUCCCAGAAGUGGCCUCCAUAGCUUCCACUAUGCACCUGCAUCCACAUCCGCAGUCGCGCCUUCGCCGCGACAGUCUCCAGCCCGGCUCCCGGCUGCCCUGUCCCGCCGGCAAUCCGCCGCCUCGUCGCCUCUCAUCUCAACUACCACCACCACAACUACAAUCGCCUCGCCUUCUUUCGCACGCCCCAAGCGAUAUGUAGGCGUCGACGCUGCCACCCAGUACUCGCCUAUGGAGCUAGUGGACUACGCUACCGGCGCCCCUCUCUGUCGCCCUGCACCCGCGCCGUCGCCAGCCGACAUUGAUCGGCUCGAGCCCCCGCCAAUGCCAGGACCGAAGCCCAUGGCUCUCCCCGACGACCCGCCUGCGACAGUGGCCUCUCAUCCCAUUCCGGCGAAGCCCGCAAAGUCUAUACCGCCAGCCGCGCCUAAGCAGCAGCAGCAGCCGUCGGGGUCCCAAUCGCAACUUGCCGCUGCCGUCGCCGUUCCCGCAGCCGCAGUGCCCGCGCCGGCAUCUUCUCCCACGGCUAAGAGAAGAAAUUCGCAGGGGCCGGGCAGCUCCAGCGUUGCGACGCCGGCCGAUGCCGUGCAAAAUCCUUCAGCGCUCGCUAAGCGCCCGAAGCCCGAGACGGCCCUCCCCAAAAUUUUGCCCGAGCGAUACGAGUUAUGCGCGGUCGAAGACGUCGUGGUGCUUAUCGCCCACAUGCUGGGAGAGCUCAUUGAGACCAACGAUGCGCUGGCCCUGAAGUCUGGCCAUUUGACCAGAUUUCACUCUCGGACCGCACCGGGGAUCUCAGUUCUAGACUAUCUUCACAGGCUGGCAAAGCACGCCACACUUAGCCCCCCUCUGCUCUUAUCCAUGGUCUACUACAUCGACCGACUAUGCGCGCUUUAUCCCGAAUUCACCAUCAACACGCUUACCGUGCACCGUUUCUUAAUCACAGCAGCUACAGUCGCGGCCAAGGGUCUUUCCGACGCCUUUUGGAACAAUUCGACCUACGCGAGAGUCGGCGGGGUCAGGGUCGCUGAGCUGAAACUGCUGGAGCUCGAAUUUCUCUACAGGGUUGAUUGGAAAAUCGUGCCCAACCCCGAGGUCUUGGUUGCCUACUACCGAGGCCUGGUUGAACGGUGCCCUGGAUUUCAGCUAGAGGAAGACGAUAAUGAAGACGACGAUAGCGAGGUCAUUGACGACGAGGAUGACGACGAACUUGACGACGAAGAGGAAAUAGAAGGGGGGACGAGCAAGGGCAAAGCCGCGAUCACGAACCACGGGCAAACGGCAAGCAGCAGCUAA